AUGCCUGAGACUACACAUUCUCCCUUCCGGCGGACAGAGCUUGCUGCGCGACGUCGGAAGGUCACCAAGGCCUGCGACUUUUGCCGCGAGCAUCGCGUACGCUGUGAGACUGCCACGCCCUGUCCGCAAUGUGUGUCAAACAAUGUCGUCUGCAAUCGAUCUCGCCCAUCGAUUAUCCCCAGGGAGAGAAAAAUGGUCCGCAUAGAUGGAGGGAGAAACAGAUCAUCGAUUGAACAACCAUCGGCGCAUGAGCCCUUGGUCAAUGCCACGCCAGCAUGUGAGUCUGGCCCGGUAGAGGUUUCAUCCCGAACGCCGUCACCCGAGGAAAACCUGGCAUGGACUUCGCAUCGAACAGAUUCCAUGCUGGGGUUCAUUGCUCGCAUCAAUGCUUUUUGCUCAGGGGUGUCGCAGCUUUCCCUGGAUCCCACUCUAUCUGGCAGAGAUCCAUCCAUAGAGCAAAUAUCGCCUUUUCCGCCUAAGAUCCUACAAGAAACACAUAUUGACAACUUCGAUCUGUCUUCCGCUCAGAUAAAGCAUUUAGUUCGAAUAUUCUGGGCUCGUUUCCGGCCGCAAAUGCCUAUCGUGGAGUGGAAAGAUUUAGAAUACAAUGGACAGACUCAUGGAAGUCCAUCGCCUUUGCUAGAUGCCGUCACCGCUUAUUCUUUACAUCGUGUCUAUCAUUCUGGAAUCCACACGAGGCUUGUUGGUCUCGAUUGGCCUCAACUUCAGCAAGGAAGCUCAGAAAUCGGGAUGCCAUACUUUCAGCGUUGCCUUUCCGCUGUUACGCAGCUCGGCACAUUUGCAGGCCCCUCUAUAUCUGUCUUGCAAUGCUACUGCUAUCUUAUCUCGUACUUGCUAGAUUUUGGACAGCACCAGGCGGCAUACAAUAUGGUUGGACUCGCUCUUCAAUUUAGUCAGUCAAUGAACUAUAUGGAUGCGCGAACUGGCGGAUACCCUGGGACGUGCCAGCUUUUCCGGCGCAUCUGGUGGACCUUGAUUCAUCUUGACUUUCGAUGUUCAAGACACGUCGGUAAGCCAGUCACUAUACACGUCGAGGACGUGAUGUGCCUGCGACCUACCAGAGAGCCACAGGAUAUUCAUAUUUCUAAUGGCCUGUUAUAUCACACUAAAUCUAUUCACCUCACAUCCGCAGCUCUACUCGUCAAUGAGGCAAUGGAUCGCUUUUCCAUUCCAGGAUGGCAAGCAUCCAGGCCUACUGAUAUUGAAGCUAGAGCUCAGAUUCUUUCUGAUAAUAUAUUCCAUCUACAGGAAUGGCGCGAAGAAAUCCGCAAGGAGCAAGCUUUUGCGCAUUUACAAUUUGACAUAUCCAAUUUACCUUUAGAUCACCAAGAGAGUGCCAGUCAUACGGACCAAAUUGGUCAAUUAUCGAUAGCAACUCUUCUGAGCACCUUAUUGACGUUACAAUACCACAAUGUUAUAAUCAGCCUCCAUCGAGUUUUCAUUCAAUUCCCCAGCCAUCCGCUAACCCCCAAAUUCAAUCCUAAAGCCGACACCCAUGCCACAGUAGCUCUCAGCCACGCCCAAAUGAUGAUUCAAAUUGCUCACCAGCAGAUGGCGAUACAUGAAUUUUUCUACGGUGUAUCUGAGAUAUACGAAUAUCUAUGGAACGCGGUCAUCACUAUCAUUGGGUUUAUGCUCGCAUACCCGUACUGUCAUCGGUGCUCUCGUGCAAGAAAGCCUCUCAGCCUUGCCUUGGAGAUCUUCGACUCGGUUAAUAGAGCGGAUGCUACUGCCAGAAGAGCCGCCACCUUGACUCGGCACCUGCGCAGCAAGUUCGACGUGCUAGUCCGGAAUCUGAAUAUUCGUCAACCUACCCCGGAUGUAUCGUUGCCUUCGGGUUCAGCGAUUCGGUAUCAAGACUCCCAAAACCAGUCAUGUGACUCGGUGGUGCCUACUGUGCAAAGCCAGGAUGGCAUAAUACAUGAUAUGUGCCAAGAAUCACUCUGUUCUUGGACCGAUCUGAUCGAUUUGGAUGCUUGGCCAGCUUAUUGUGAUGAAGUUAGCGAGGCAUUCACGGACCCGAUAUAUUUCUCGAUAUCACAUAGCCUUUAG